AGUGCGGCUGCAUCCCCAAUAUGGGACCUCUCUCUUCACCUUACUGGAGCAGAACAGUGCUGUUUCCUGAUUGGGCCUAUAAACCGGCCUGGUCGCCUGGGUCUCGCCAAGUGCAGCUGUGGCACUUCCUCUUGGAGCUGCUGGGACGGGGCGAGGGCGGAGCCAUCAGCUGGGGCGGCGAAUGGGGAGAGUUUGUGAUCAGAGACCCCGAGCGAUUGGCUAAACUGUGGGGAGAGAGGAAGGGAAAGCCACACAUGAACUAUGAUAAACUCAGCAGAGCACUGAGAUAUUACUACAAUAAACGGAUUUUACACAAGACCAAAGGAAAAAGAUUCACUUAUAAGUUCAACUUCAGCAAACUGAUACUGGUCAACUACCCCAGCCUCCCUACCUGCCAACAGGUGGUCCACUCUACACCGUCUCUCCAGUUCCCCCUCUUUCCAUCUGAUGGGUCACUCUACAGCUCAUCUCUGGACAAGGCUGUUCCCUCCCUCCCUCACCCUCUCCUCCUCCCGUACUGCUUCCAAAAGCCCCUCCCCUUUCCCCAAGCCCAUCCAAUCCCAGCGCAGUUCCCCCUCUUUUCUGCCCAGUCAACUUCCAUGACCAAACUCUCCGAGAUGUCCCGCCUGCCACCCUUCAGCUCUGCCCUGCACUUCAGCCAGGCUUUAAACGGCUGGCCGACCAAGAGCCCGGACUGGUGUUUAGACAGAGCCAUGGCACCACCUCGAGAGAGGGACACCAGAGAGGGGGAGGAGGACAAGAUAGACUGACAGAGGGAUGAGCCAAGAUAGAGAAGAAGCUUUUUCUCCACUCAUCUAAUGACGUUUAAAUUCCCAGUCAGGAAUCAAUGGUGCCCAGACCAGCAGUACUUCUAAUUAUUUGUACACUAAAAGGGGAUGCACUAAAUUUACUUUGUAAAUUGAAAAGUGUUACAUCUAUUCCAGGUCAUUUGUAUAAACAUUAUGAUUAAAAACAAAAUGAACUGAGCUGCACAUACAGAA